AUGGCUGCCGACGCUGCUCUCCCAGGUCUCUUCUUCACCUUCUCCGCAAUGGUCCUCCUCAUCUUCGCGUCCGUGUCGGCACCAACAUGGAACUCCAUCUCCUUCCUCGACACCACCGUCGGCGGCGUCUCCACUCACUUUGGCGUGUUUGGCUACACGGGCUCCAAGGCUCAUGUCGGAUGGUACUUUCCCACAGGCGUAGCCGAUAGCGAAUUGAACGACACUCUCUUCCACAACCUCACCGCCGCCCUCAUCCUCGUCCCCAUUGCCGCUGGCCUCGCGGGCAUUGCUGUCCUCUUCGGCCUUUGUGGUGCCGCCUACCACCGUGUCGGCACCAUCUUCAUGACCCUCGUCACCGGCCUCACCUUCUUUGUCACCCUCGUCGUCUGGAUCAUCGCCAUGGCCCUCUUUGGCAUUGCCCGCGACCACGUCCGCGACCGCGCAGGUGCCGCACAGUACGGCAACGCCAACUGGCUCGUCCUCGCCGCCCUUGUCGCCCUCUUCAUUGGUUUCUUCGUCAGCUGUUGCGGCGUCUUUGGCCGCUACCGUUCCCGCCGCGCCGCCUACUAG